UAUUGCCCCGCACCUCUCUCCUUCUCCAGUACUGCUAAUUAUUUCCUAGCCAGCCAAGUACCGAUCACCGCACCUAUCCUUCGUUCCAGCUUUAGAGCCUACCAUUCCCGUUCUUCGUGUCGCGUUCAGUCAUCUUCUGUGUACAUAUCACCUGAGAGGCUUCGCCACUCGAUAUCGUUUCCAACAGAAUCAAACCAGACUCUCCGACAACCGAACACGACCAAUCAUGGCUCUUACCGCUGGAACGACGACAGCAUGCCUGUCAACCGUGCGCGCGCUUAGCAGCGCUACCGCCACGUCAGCCACCACGUCAGGGGCUUCCUACGGCACCAGCUCGCGACAGCUGUACGUGUCGCAGGGCUCGCCUCUCGGGCUGCCACGUGGCGACGCCUCCGUAGUAUCCGCGAUGAUCGGAAUGAGGCUAGGAUCAGCUCGCACUUUUUCGUCGAACUUCGCUAACUUCGAACAAAGGGGAUCGCCGGCGCUUCAGCACUCCAUUCGUCGCCGACAAACUCAGUUCCAGGGGCAAAGCCAGCGAGUUCCCCGGAGUUUACGGCGGGAGGUGCGGGCAGCCGUCGCAGACGACAGAUCCGCCGGCUCAGCAGAGAAAGCGGAGGAUGCCGCCCCGGCAGCUCCUCCCGCGUCUCGAAGCGGCGGCGGCACCAUCCUCGGUGCAGUCACGCUCAUUAUUGGCUCGUCCGUCGGCGCGGGCGUGCUCGCUCUGCCGUCCGAAACUGCCCCUGCGGGUUUUUUCCCCUCGUCAACGGUCCUCAUCGGCUGCUGGGCCUUCCUCGUCCUCCAGGCGCUGCUCCUUGCCGAAGUGAACGUCGCGCUCCUCAAGGAGCGAUCCGAAAAGAGCAACCCCGCUAACGCGUCGUCGUCCUCCUCCGCAGCCGAGGCUGAGCGAGGCUCGGACGUCCUUUCGUACCGAACCAUGGCCGAGGCGACGCUCGGACCGCUGGGCGGCACGAUCGCGACCGCGGCGUACGUUUUUUUGUCGUUUACGCUGAUGGUGGCAUAUUUCGCAAAGGGCGGCGAAGUGAUGUCGAUGGGGACGGACCUGCCCCGUUGGAUCGGUGCAACGGGGUUCGCAGUGGUGCUCGGCGGUCUGAUCUACGGCGGAAACACGCGCACCGCUGACCUCGUCAACCGCGCUCUGACCGCCGCGCUGCUCGGUAUCUUCGCUGCGCUCGUGUGCGGAGGCUCCACGCUGGCCGACUGGGAUGAGCUGGCAGUCGCGGAUUGGUCCGCCAUGUCGUCAACUCUCCCCGUCAUCUUCCUCUCGCUCGUCUUCCACGACCUCGUGCCCGUGCUCUGCGCGUACCUGGACGCGGACCUCCCGCGCAUCCGCACCGCGCUGCUCGUCGGCAGCUCGGUCCCCCUCGCCAUGUUUCUCACCUGGGACGCCAUCGUCCUCUCCAUCUCGCCUUCCUCCAUCGCCGCCGCCGGCGCCGCCGGAGCCGCCGCGGCCGGCGCAACCGCCGGAGACCUUUCCUCGUCCGUCCUGUCCUCCCUUUCCGCAGUCUCCUCGUCCUUCUCCCACCUAGCCGCGACCUUUCCGGUGGCCCUAUCGACCGCGCUUUCCACUCCCGCGCUCCCCGCGUCCCUGCUCUCGUUUCCCGCGCAGGACCCCUUUCAGCUGUUCAUGCACCAGGCCACGCCGCUCCAAUCAGCGGCCGUCCUCGCAUUCUCGUUCCUAGCCGUUGCCACGUCAUUCCUCGGCUCCUCCCUCGCCCUAUCGGAGUUCUACAUGGAGCAGAUUGGAAACAUGGUUUUUGGCGGGAAACCCGCCGAGGCCAAAGCGGAGAAUCCGAACCAGGGGCAGCAGGAGGGUGCGAUUAACGGUGGUGACAUUAAGGAGGCCGGGUUAGGGUUCGUUCGGUCGCAUGUGAGGGAGGUUGGGUUCCUCCUAGCCCUCUGCCCGCCGCUGGCGGUGGCGUUAGCCAACCCGGGCGCGUUUGUGGCGGCGAGCAAGGCGGCCGGCGCGUAUGGCAUGACCGUUCUUUACGGGAUCCUGCCUCCCCUCAUGUUCUACGUGCAUCACAAGCAGCAGGCGGAGAAAGAAGCCAAGGCGUCUGAUUCGGCAGGAGGUUCGAUUUGGGUGCAGCCAGGUGGCAGCUUCGCGUUGGCCAGCUUGGGUGGCCUAUCGUGCGCGGUGAUUGCGGGUCAGGCAAUGAUUGACGCAUCUCUGCUCUCCCCGAGCUCGAUCGCUUCUCAGCCAUCGAUUAUCUUGGCUCAAGGCGAUAUCGCCUCAAUGAACGGUGAUCGUGAGGCCUCGGCUGAUAUCCCUUCUAGAAGCCAACUCACUAUGGCGACAAUCCGAAGCCCUGUCGCCACUGGGACCAUCGAACCUCCCCUGGUUUACGCCAGUCAAUCCCUUGCUGCCAGCUGCCUGACCGCCCCUCCCACCUCAGAUUUCCAGCACGAGGCUUUCUUGGACCUUCGCGAAUCUGCGUCGACGAACCCUUUGCUGGCGCCGUUACCCGUUUCGCACACUACGCCAUGCCUGAAGUUCACCAAGGGGAAUCUCGAGGUGUUCGAUUCGGCACAGGAAACCCUGAUAGUGGACAUUUAGGGUUAAGUGCGAGAGGCGGGUGCACAACUGCCUUGUAAGAGGCGUUGUGAAAGGCUGCUGCUGUGCUUGUACAGGCGUAGGAUGUGAGCUUUUAGGGGUUAGCAUUGCAGUGCUCUUAUAGAAACCCAUUGAAUGCAUGUACAUAAUCCAUUUCAUGAUAAUUUCAUGUUUCUUCUAGAUGCUUCAGAGAAGGACUGCAAUCCGAGCAACAUAAGUCAAUCAAGUUAAAUUAAAUAC